AUGGCCAGUAGUGCAGUGCAGCUACUAGGUCUUACUCUUGGACUUCUUGGGUUCAUUGGGACAGUAGCUACAACUCUAUUGCCACACUGGAGGAGGACGGCACAUAUGGGUGCAAAUCUAAUAACAGCUGUAGCAUACCUGGAAGGGCUCUGGAUGGACUGUGCCUGGCACAGUACUGGAAUGUACCAGUGUCAGUUCUAUAGGUCACAACUAGCACUAUCUCAGGACCUCCAAGCAGCCAGAGCAAUGAUGCUUAUCUCAUGUGUCCUUUCGAUCCUGGCAUGUAUUGUGGCUGUGAUUGGCAUGAAGUGCACCAACUGUGCUAAGAAUUCCAAAACCGUAUUUGCCAUUUUUGGGGGCAUCUGUUUUAUACUUGCAGGACUGAUGUGCCUUGUUCCUGUUUCUUGGACAGCCAAUGAUGUGAUCAGAGACUUCUACAAUCCCAUGCUUCCAAACGGGAUGAAAUAUGAACUUGGUCAGGCACUCUAUGUUGGAUUUGUCUCAGCUUCUUUAACGGUUAUUGGAGGAUGUUUACUCUGUGCUUCUUGCAGUGACAGCAGAAAUAAUGUGAGGUACCCACCACCACAAAGAAGCCAAAGGCACGCACCUCCUUACAGACCACCAGCUGCAUAUAAAAAUAGCCAUACCCCCUCACGUUCAUCAGCAUCACGGAGUGGGUAUCACUUACAUGAUUUUGUGUGA